GUUUCCAGGGAAGACCUAAAGAUGUUCUGGAUCUUCUGCAGUAUAGACCAAAUGAAUAUGGACUCUUAAAACUAUACUUUAAAGGUCAACUUACAGCACUAGUAAAAAGAUGAUAAAGCUAGAUGUUAAUCUUUACAUCAAUCAGGUCACUCUAUGCCUGGAGCUCAUUUGCCUUGCAAAUACUCUAUUGUUACAUUCUGUGCCCCUCUCCGCUCACUUAAAUGAUUAACUCCACCCCAGAAAAGAACUUUGUUGCAAUAUCCGGAGGAGAGAAGGAUCGUGCCCCUCAAACCAUGGGGCCUGUCAGCUACUCCUCAGAGACCUAUGACUUGAGCCAGGUGGAGCUGAGUGGUUACUAUGAAGCUGAGAACACCACCCCUUCUUUGGAGGGCUACUUCUGCUUCAACCCAGCCUCAUCUGUGGUUGGCAACCAGGGAGACCCCUUCAGAAAGGUCUUCAUGCCCCUCAUCUAUCUGCUGAUGUUUGUGUUGGGGACUCUGGGCAAUGCUCUGGUCCUGGUCAUUUUAGAGAGGUUCAAGCGGUCUCGUACCACCACAGAAAGCUUCCUUUUCCACCUCACCCUCGCCAACCUAGCACUGUUGCUCACCUUCCCAUUCAGUGUGGUGGAGAGCCUGGCUGGGUGGGUAUUUGGGAGGCUCCUCUGUAAGAUACUCAGUGCUGUCCACAAGAUCAAUUUCUACUGCAGUAGCAUGCUGCUGGGGUGCAUCGCAGUGGACCGUUACCUGGCCAUCGUCUAUGCAAUCCACACCUACCGCAAACGCAGAGCUCGCUCCAUCCACCUCACCUGCAUGGCUGUCUGGCUCUGCUCAUUGCUUCUGACUUUACCUGAUCUCGUCUUCAUGGAAGUCUGGACGGAUGACAGCAACCGCAGCAUUUGCUAUUUUCCAGAAGUUGGGAUUGAUGGAAACAAUGCAUGGCUGGCAACUCGCUUCCUCUACCACACUGUGGGCUUCUUUGUGCCUCUGCUGGUCAUGUGUUACUGCUACAUGGCCAUCAUCCGGGCACUGUGUCAGUCCCAGCGCCUGCAGAGGCAAAAAGCUGUCCGUGUGGCCAUCCUGGUCACAGGCAUCUUCCUCCUGUGCUGGAGCCCAUACCACAUUGUCAUCUUCCUGAACACACUUACCAAGCUAGAAGCCUUCACCAAGAACUGCCUCCUGGAAGACCAACUGGACACAGCCAUCAUGGUGACAGAGGCCAUUGGCUUCACACACUGCUGCCUCAACCCCAUCCUCUACGCUUUUAUUGGGGUCAAGUUCCGUAAUGACUUCUUCCGGAUCCUGCAGGAGCUUGGCUGCAUAAGCCAGGAGACUCUGCAAGAGAUCCUGGAGGUGACAAGGAAGGGUAGUGGGAUAGAGUCUGACAACAUCACCUCCAUCUCCACUUUCUAGCUGGGAAAGGCUGCCUGCGGGGAAGAACUGGCCUGGGUCUUUCCUUCCCAGUGGCACACUUGCUGUGGUCUCAAUUGCAAGUUUCACAAGCAUCCCCACAACUUUCUUCACUCCUCAGGAAACAGGUCCAAUACACCCAAAUCUCAUCAGACACCUUGCUUGGCUCUUCCUGAUUCUCAAACUUGUAGAGACCCAUCUGGCAACUGUUGGUGAAUGCUGGAUGUCUGAUGGUCACUCUUGUGGAGCUGGAUGAAGAUGAUCACUUAAGUGGGUUGAAGCUGACAUUCUCACCUCUCCCUUGAAAAAUGGACUGCAGGCAUCUUGUGCACAAAGCCAGGCACAGGACUGGGUUGCCAGGGUUAAGGAAAAAUGUGCAGCCAAGUAAAUGAGUCAUGUCAGUAAACAGGUCUCCAUUUCACUAGCUAAGGUUGGUACACAUGUGCUCAAGGGAAGCCGUGGGACUCAGUGGCCAUCGCAACUGGAGAGAUGCAGGUAGGACUGAUGGGGGCUGCAAAGCUCAAUCCAAUAGCAUGGGUGUACAGUGCUGGACACUCUUUGACUGCAACAUUGUCCUCCUGCUGCAUAACAUCCCCCCAGCCCGCCACAACACCCUCAUCUUCCCAACACAGCUCAUGCCAGGAGGUCCUCCCACAGACUGAAAGAUUUGACUGUCACAGACUCCUUUCCUGACACCAGUUGCGUCCUUCCCCACUCAUUUGAUCUGUUUUACUCCUGUUAUGAUCUUCUGUGAGCGGCUGCUGAACUAAAUGCCUGACUAUGCAAAAGUUUUCCUUUAAGGAGGAACACUGUCUGAGGAGAUGGCUUCUGUCUUGUGAGCGCACACAGGGGAGAGAAACCACACAGCCUUGUAAAGCUGAUAGUAUAACAUUUUUUUUUUUUUUGGCAGCUAGUUGUAUGGCUAUUUAUGGGUUCUGAGAGCAAGGAGACCCACUGCCCCAGAGUAAGGGAAAGUCUUCUUUGUUUCUAGCAAGGCUAGAGGAAAUGUGACAUUUUGCUUUGCACUAUGCUUUCUGUUAGUUUUCCUCCACCUGCACCUACAGGGCUUUCAGAGAUUAACUGCAUCCAGAUGUACAGAGGGACAGACCUGGGUGGUCAUCUUGCCCUGAACUGCAAGUAUGCAGAAACUGCUCAGAUCAGGGCAGCUUGAUGAUAAUUUGCUUCAAAGUAAGAGCUGCAGCUUUCCCCAUCAUUAAUUCUUGCACCACAAGCUGGUGUGUGGGGAAGCCCCAGCGGACUCAAAACAGCUUGCUGCUGCCUAGGAGGUCUUGUCACAGUUUAACAUGGCAGCGGGCCCACAAUACUGCUCCAUGACGUUUCUGUUCCUAAAGAGUACUGUGGCCUGAACUGUAGGAGAGCCAUACAUACCAAUGUCACCCUCCUCACAUGCACACUUUAAAAUCUCCUCUACCCUUCACCUCACAUUUUAAGCAAUGUCGAAACAAUAUUAGUUCUCCUGUGGCAACAGGAAUUUUAUGCUAACCUCACUUCUGAAGUUCAUCCCAGUAGCAGACGGCUCAGUCCCAGGUGAACUUCACAGUACUCACUCAAGGGCCCUGCUAAAAAGACCAGUCAGUAUGGAAGGGGCCACAUUACCUCAGCCUGACUCAGGCAGAGAUCUCAAUAGCUUGAUCUCACAUUGUGACUUGAGGAGAAAACUCAUCUAGUAUAAGGCAGUCCUCCAUUUCCUGCAGCACCACAUCUUCAAAGAUGAAACUUUCAAGUAAUGGCAGCUGUGGUUGUUCAGGCACAUACAUGCAGCAGAGAAGGGCAAGUCUCUUAAGCCUGCAAAGGUGUUCUCCACGCUUGUACCAGUGAGAAAACCCAUUGCAGAAGCAUUGUAAACACCUCCCCAGUAGGUUAUGGUGACAACUGUGUUUCUAUAUGAAAAUGUUAUUGAAAAAAAUAACAAAGUAUUCAAUAAUGAUAAAAAUAUUUACAGUGGUCACAAAGUAAAAAGAAAAUCUGCACUCAAAUGAGAGUGAACAGACUACACAUCUGUUGUUACUAUAGCUUUUUGCACUGGUAUGUACAAACCUUUAGGAAGUUUUGAGGUAAGCUGUAA